AUGAUGCUUCCCGAGCGUGUCUUGAAAACAUCAAUUUCCGAUAACAAGGGUCUGAGUGCCAGUUGUGACGGUGAAACAGGACGGAGAUCAAUCUCCUGCAGGCUCAUGAGUGAGUUUGUUGAGCUGAAGCGGAAGCUGAUCUGCGUUGCUUGUAUGACCUGCAUGGCCAACCUCUACCCCAGGCUUGAAAGCCUCAUCAUCUCAUGCACCAAUAUACGGCAACAGAUCUGA